CAAACAACAAGAGAAAGCACAGAUCAAGAGAUGUGAGGGUUGUUAACUAGAAAGAUCGUUCGGGAGUUUUCUGGCUUUAAUUCGAAAAAUAUUUUCCUCGACAUAAUGUUGGAAGAGGACGAAACAGUCAUCGACUUGGCCCACAAUUUCAUCAAUACGAGUGCCAUCAACUUCACUGGCAGCAGCUUGAGCUACGUAGGCCAGGAGUGCCAGAGAAUACCACCCACCCUUGCGCAGUUGUACGGCUGCCGGGUGCAGAGCCUCGACCUGAGCUACAACUGUCUCACGACACUAAAAGGGUUGGAACGGUUUCCAAUUCUGCAAACCCUGAUUUUGGACAACAACUUGCUGACCGACGCCAUGCACCUGCCGUACCUGCCAGAAUUGCACACGCUGUCACUCAACAAAAACAAGAUUGGUGAUUUGGAGCUGUUGCUGAGGAAAAUCGCCAACAACACUGCCUCCCUGCGACAUCUCAGCUUGCUGGGAAAUGUCGCUUGUCCCAAUCAGCUCUCAGACGCGGAAAAGGACGAGGAGGACUACAGGAGAUACAGGUUUUACGUUAUAUACUGUUUGCCUACCUUGCAAUUUCUCGACUCCACACCAGUAUCAUCUGCAGAAAAAGCCGAGGCUCAACGGCGGGGGCAGUACAUGAAAAUAAUCAAGCCCCAAAAGUUUUCCUUUGCAAACGAUGGUCCAUUGGCGUUGCCAGACAUGAAUAGUACUUACACGCCGCUCCCAUCUACAAGGAGAACGGCAGGCGACCACCAAGGUGCCUACGGCAAGUGCCGGUUUCGGUACACGGGCAAAAAUUCGGAAGGAAACAGAUUUAUCAAGAAUCAAGAUUUGUGAUUUUUAUGCAAGUGAGAACUCUUAACUGCUCUCCUUCAAAUGAACUGUUCGAUCGUUUCACACGUGUCACGCAAACAAUUAAGAUAAUGUAUUUUGCUUAAAUAACUAUUCAUUGCAAUGUUCAACGUAAUACAUAAAUAUUCAAUUUUUUGGCAUAACAUAACAUUAGUGUCAAGCAUUUAUUAAAUGUUAAAACUCGCACCAGUGGUAUUCCCGCUUGAGAAACAGUCUUGAAAUAAUGUGAAUAAAAUAUUUGCUUGUAUAGU